GGGUGACGCCGCCCCGAAUCCCUCGCGGGACCCCCGUCACCGCCCCACGGCAGGGACGCACCGGGCCCCGUGGCCCCGAGCGGCCGGAGGGACAAAGGGGCACGGCUCAAGGUCACCGUGGCCGCCGGGCCGGGGUGCCAAGGGGCCCUGGCUGUGGCCUCACCACUCCGGCUUCCCUGCAGAGAAGUGGCAGCGUGGCUCCGGCGCGGCCACGGCCCGCGGUGCUCGAGGAGGCAGCUCCACACCUGGUGCUGGCACCGAGUCACUCGGGGAGUCGUGGCCAGGCAGAGCCACAGCGGCAGCGAGGAGCACGUGCCCGGGUCGGUCUCGCUCCGGUUCGCUCGUGGAUGGCGCAGGGGACGGGAUUCAGGUUUGCGCCAACGCCUGCCGGACACCGACCCGGCUGAGGAUUAGGGACACCAGCCGUGAGCAGGAGACCCUGAGGCUGUCGCCCCCAGAAAGUGCCAGGUCUGCAAGGGAAGGGGUGAUGUGCCGUGCUGCAGUUGCUGCCUGCUGAGCCUGAAGAGGAGUUUUGGAGCCUGCCUGGGACACUCCCCCCAACAACGGCAGCACCCCAAUCCCAACGGGCAGCACCGAGCCUGCAACACGCCGCAGCCCUCAAGCAAAGGAGACAUCGGGCCAAGCCUGAGAGGGGUCAAGGGGCGCGUCCUCGUUUCCUGGCCCAGUGUCAAAUCCUGCCCUAACACCCCGACGGCGCUGCCCCCACCCCCCUGGCAGCCCCCUCUAGGGCUGCCCCCCCCGGCACUGCCCAGCUUUGGCCCCCAGCCCCGCUGGAGCGCGGCAGCCUGCCGGGCGCUGCCCCCCGGGCACUGCCCCCUGGGUGCAUCGCCCCCCGCCCCCCCGGGGAUCCCCCGCCUGCCGGCAGAGCCAUGAAGCUGCAGGCGGUGAUGGAGAACCUGCAGCGGCAGCAGCGCGCACGGCUGCAGCAGGCACUGGAAGCGCGGCAGCAGGAGCAGCAGCAGCAGCCGCUGCGCUCCACGUCCCCCCCAGCGCAGCCCUCGCAGCCUCCAGGGCAGCCCCCUGUCAGCACCCCAGCACGGGGCCGUGGGCAGGAUCCGGCCCCGGCGCCUGCGGAGGAGGGAGCGGAGCCUGAGAGCGCGCACAUCCAGCGGGCACAGAUGGCCGCCCUGGCUGCCAUGCGGGCGGCCGCCGCUGGCCUCAGCCACUCGCCCAGCCCGGGUCUGUCGGACGAGAGCCAGGCCUCUGAGGAGGAGGAAGAGGAGGAGCGCGGCGAGGAGGAGGAAGAUGGCGGGUACCAGCAGGAGAUGGGCUCUGAGGAGGAGGAGGAGGACCUAAAGGGCAAAUGGGAUGAAGAUGACUUCGAAGAGGACCUGGGUGAGGAGGAAGAGGAAGAAGAAGAGGAGGAGGAAGAGGAAGACUAUGAGGAAGAAGAAGACAUGGGAGAGGAAGGGCUCAGCUCAGCAGAGGUGGUGCGGGCGGGUGCGGGAUCCCUGCUGCUCCGCAAGCCCCCAGCGCCCCAGCACUACCGGGGGGAGCCACCACGGCUGCCGGGGGGACAGGAGCGGCUGCCCCCAGGCCUGGGCCACGCGCAGCCCCCGCCACCGGCACCUGACCACGGCGACUGGACCUACGAGGAGCAGUUCAAGCAGCUGUACGAGCUGGAUGGUGACCCCAGGAGGAAGGAGUUCCUGGAUGACCUCUUCAGUUUCAUGCAGAAGCGAGGGACCCCCGUGAACCGGAUCCCCAUCAUGGCCAAGCAGGUGCUGGACCUGUACAUGCUGUACACGCUGGUGACCGAGAAGGGGGGUCUGGUGGAGGUCAUCAACAAGAAGCUGUGGCGGGAGAUCACCAAGGGGCUGAGCCUGCCCACCUCCAUCACCAGCGCAGCCUUCACCCUGCGCACCCAGUACAUGAAGUACCUGUACCCCUACGAGUGUGAGAAGCGCGGGCUGAGCAACCCCAAUGAGCUGCAGGCAGCCAUCGACAGCAACCGGCGGGAGGGCCGGCGGCAGGGCUUCGGCGGCUCCCUCUUUGCCUACUCGCCCGGUGGCACCCACGGCCUCCUCUCCUCGCCCAAGCUGCCAGUGCCGGCGCUGGGGCUGGCAUCUGCCACCAACGGCGGGGCCAUCGCACCGGGCCAGAAGAUCAAGAAAGAGGAGGACUCUCCCAUCCCCAUCUCCAUGCCCAGCCGGCUCCCGGUCUCGCUGGCCGGGCACCCGGUGGUGGCCGCGCAGGCGGCCGCGGUGCAGGUGGCGGCGGCCGCCCAGGCCGCGGCGCUGGAGCAGCUGCGGGAGAAGCUGGAGUCGGGGGAGCCCCCGGAGAAGAAGCUGGCGCUGGUGACGGACGAGCAGCAGCGGCUGAUGCAGCGGGCGCUGCAGCAGAACCUCCUGGCCAUGACGGCCCAGCUGCCCAUGAGCAUCCGCAUCAACAGCCAGGGCACGCGCUCGCCAGGUCAGUGCCGGCCCCGGCCACCCGCCCCGGCCGAGCCCCUGGCCCCGGCAGGCUCCGUAACGCGGCUCUCCCCGGCAGAGAACCGCCCGGACGCCGCUGCCACCAGCAGCAACGGCACCAACAGCAUCAGCAUGUCCGUGGAGAUCAACGGCAUCGUCUACACAGGUGUGCUGUUCGCUCAGACACCCGGCCCUUCCUCCUCCUCUUCCUCCUCCUCCUCCUCUGCCUACAGCAAAGGCAACGGCGGCAGCAGCCGGAGCAGCGGCGGCAGCGGGGUGGGGAGCGGCGGUGGCGGCGGUGGGAACGUGGCCCCCGCCCCGGCCGGCCUGGCCGUGCCCCCCAGCUCUACCUCCAACAGCGCUUCGCCUUAACGCCCCAGAGCCUCGCAGCCCUCACAGCACCGGCGGCCGUGGGGGGACGGGGCCACCGGGGCCUUCUGGGGUCUCACCAGGGUCUUGCCCGAGGUCUUGCCAGGGUCUCUCUGGGUCUCAACAGGAUUUCACCGGGAUCUCACCAGGGUUUCACUGAGAUCUCGCCAGGGUCUCACUGGAGUCUCACCAAGGGUCUCGCCCGAGGUCUUGCCAGGGUUUCUCCGGGGUCUCAUCAGGGUCUCGCUGGACUCUGCCCUUGUUCUCGUGUUGUUGGAUUUUCCUUUUCCAGGCAGAAAAGCUUUAGCCCCGGGGGGUUUUGCCGGAGCCGCCGGCUGUCCGGCUGCGCCGCUCCGGGACCGUUUACCUCACUCACAUCACACUUUGCACUGUACAUUUAUUAUUAUUAUUAUUAUAAUUAUUAUUAUUUUUUAACUCGUGUUACCUCCAGACAGACGCACGGACGCCUGCCGACGCGAGCUCUAGCGAAACCCCCCCGGAAUUCUAAAGGAAAAAAAAAAACCCCAAAAAUGCUAAAAAAAACAAAAUUGGAAAUAGGGAGAUAUUUUAUUCAUUUCCAUCCUUUUCCCUCCUUUGUUUUGGGAACUCCACUCUCUGCAGGAUUUUAAGAGGUUGGUUUUGAUUAUUUUGUUGUAAAUAGCUUCUAUUUUAUUCUCUAAAAAGAAAAAAAAAAAGGAAUCAAACUUUUAACAUGCAAAUGAUUAAUAUUAGUCUUCAUCAGGGAAAAUGGGAGCUUGGAAAAAAGUUGGAAUCUCCUUUCUCCUCUCCUUAUCGGUGGUUGGGUCCAGCUCUGCUCCUUCCCCCACCGGCAAAUCCUAAUUUUUAUUCCUCCCCCUGCAUAAAACUACUGUUUAAAGCCACUUUGGGCUUAUUUCCUCCAAAAAUAAGCAGGAUCCAGAGGAUGGGGAUGCUCGGGGCUGCAGGACGCUCCGGAGCUUGCGGAGAACCUGAAGGACCUGAGGAUUUAUUUGAAGCCUCACAAUCUCCGUUUUCUUUUUUUUACCGUUCCCCACCCCUUCCCCCACCCCCCCCC